UUCAGCAGAAUCAAGUUAGGUUGUGUGUUAGUUUUGCACAUUGUAUGCAUAAAUAGGGAAAGAGCUUAGUUAGAAAUGAACACCUCACUCAUCAGUGAUCUGUCUGAUGCUACCCCCAUUUGCCAAGCAUUAAAACUUUACCUGAAACCAAUCGCAAAACUCAACAUAUGCGUUGCUCUACCCAAAUUGAAGGCUCCCGGCCAAACUAUAUCAAACUGGGAAGUUAUGGAAAAGAUAAAGUUCAUGUGUUCACCACACCAGUUCACUUUACUAAGGGUAACAAAAAGUACGCUGGAUUUUGUCAGGUUUGAGGGAGAGACUGAAAACAAAAACCUUCUUUCCAACUUUAUAACGUUACUUGAUGGAAAACACAUCAAAUUGUCAGGUUUUCCUGUGCUUUUAAAGAUAUCUUGUGGUGAAAGCAAACACAGCUUUCCCACCAGGCAUGACUGGGAUUCAUUUUUCCGAGAUUCCAAAGACUUUGACGAAACGCAACCUGGUGAACGACCCGAUACCGUCCAUCUCACAAACAUCCCUUGCAAGUUUUUCACCGAUAAAAAAACCCAGGCUGUGAGUGAAGAGUUGAUCAAGAUAACAUUUCUAUCUUUUGGUGAGAUUCGUAACAUAGAUGUACCAAUGCUUGACCCUUAUAGAUCAGAUACACUGGCAGCAGGCGUGAGCAACUUCCAGACAUUCUCGUACGGUUCCCGACUCAACUUUGAAAUGUACGUUCAGUUCAAGGAGUACAUCGGCUUCGCAAAGUGCAUGAACGCGCUCAAAGGAAUGAAACUUGUGGCAAAAGAGAGUGAUGGAAAAGCUGUGGCUGCAACUAUAAAGGUCACUUUUGAUUGCACGAAGCACCUAUCCGCCCAAUCCAUCGCACACAGGUUGCAAGAGAAACGGAAAAUUGAGAAACUACAACGCGAGAGAGAAGAAGAAAAAAGGAAGGAGAGAGAACUCAUACAGAAAAAGGCAGAUGAGGAGAAACAAAGAGAGUUAGAUUUGCUUAAAGAGCAAGAGGAGAGGAGAAGAAAACGAGAGGAAAAGAGAAGGAGGAAAAAGAAAGAGAAAAAGGAGCAGGAGGAAGCUGCGAGGUUGGCUCUCAGGAUCGCGAUGGAAGAGAGGAAACUUCUUCUCGCCCAACGGAAGUUGGAAUCAAUUAGAUUGCUCAGUGAAUUACUGGAUCGUGUAAAGGCAGAUGCGCAGCAAGCAGAGGUGGAAAAGUUGGAGAGAGAAAUCGCUCGAAAAGCUGAAGAGGAGAGGAGGAAAAAGAUGGAAGAAGAGAGAAAGAGAAUGGAGAAGGAGGAGAAAAAACGAGAGAAACUUCGUCGGAAAGAACUCGAGAUGAAAUCACGGUUGUUGAAACGUAAACUAGAAGAAGAUUACAAGAAAGGAGAGAAAAGAAGGAAAAACGCAAUCAGGAAGCUGAAUCAUGGAAAAUCUCUCUCUUCUGCUGUUGUGGUUACUUCCCCGCCGAGCUGAAAAAAAAAACUGAAGAAAUUCUUCUGAUGCCGCUGCUGGUAUGUGCGCACAGUCGUGUGGCACUGACACCGUUUUUAGUUGUGGGCAACACUUUUUUAACACUGUGAAUGGACAAUCAAAAAACCACUAUCAGACAAUGUAAAAUAAAUGCAUUGCGGAAAUUUCGAUCACCGUUUUUAUUUGACGCGCCUUUUGGAAUAAGUUACGAGAAUUGUAUACCCUGUACUGAGAAAAAGUUGUAGUUUGAAAUUUUGUUCAAUACCUUAAAAAAAUCAGAGCAAAAUUUGGUUUUUGAAUCCGCGAUUUAUAUUCUUGUUCGGCAUCACUAUUGAGUUGCGGACCACUACUUCUGAGGGUACUGUGACGUCACGACCUAGAUAAAAUAGAAAUUUCGUUAUUUAGGAAAUAAAAAUGUCCCAUGUUGUAAAUCUUGUUUGUUCUUUUAUCGCGUUAUCAUUUUAAAGUUGAACUUUUUAAGCGGUUACUAAAUUUUGGAAAAAAAUAUUAGUUAUGUGCUAAAAACACGUCAACUGAAUAACUAAAGCAGAGAUGCAGCGUUGGUCGCUCCUCGUUAAUAAAAAUACGUUUUUAUUUGUAAA